GCGCCUCGCGCGCCGCGUACCAACACCAGUGUCGAACGUGCGUCGUACUCGAUUAACCGCGUCAUCACGUAACAAAAACGAUCAAAACCAUAACAAAAUAUCACCAUGAACAAGUUCCUUUUGGAAGUAAAAGCUUUGCCGAUCCUCUGGGAUGUGAACCACAUGUACUUUCGAGAUGUACUAAGGAAACGGGACACGUGGGAGGCCGUGGCUGAGAAGUGCGGCAUGAAAGACGGCGAAGAAGCCAAACAGCUAUGGUCAAAGAUAAGAUGCAGUCACAGGGAAGCAAUGAGGAGACGAUCCGAGCAUAAUAACCUAGGAGAGUGGAAAUACGAGAAACCCAUGGAGUUUCUCCUAACGCGCAACAUUGAGAAUAAUAGUGCUUUGAAUAGUGAUAAUGUUGUAGAGACAGGUUUAAAAGACAAAUUCAACAUUGAAGUUAUAAAAGCAGGAGUUACCGAUGAAAGAAUCCAAACUCUUAAUGAUAAUCCUGUAGGGUCAUCAUUAGGUUUAACUUCAGUAAAUCUUGAUCCAAAGAAAAAUCAUAAAAAUCAUACGGAUAUGGUUAGAAAAAUUAACGAUAACAGGAAACGUUCACUCGAUGUCACAAGCUGUGGAACUGAUGAGAGAGUGACAGAAAACCAAUUAGUCAUCAGCCCUCCUACAAAUAGUGAGAGAAAAAACGACGGUCUAGCUGAAUUGUUUACAUGUUUGCGCGAGAAAACGAGAAAUCUACCAAAAUAUUUGCAGCUACGUGUACAAAGGGAGAUAUUUGAAUCAAUCACAAGGGCAGAAGAAGAAGCUCUCACUCUUUUGACAAGCGAAACUUCGACGGACACUAGAAAACGAAUCGAAGUUAAAAGCACAACUAAGAAAAAGUUUGUGGAAUCUUCUCCACAAGACCAAAUUUAUUUGGCAGAAAUUCCGAAAUUAGUAAAUCUGAAAACACGAGAAAUGAAUAUUUCUGAACAGAGGCAACUUUCCGAUGAUCCGAUGGAGAAUUUUGUAAUGAAAGUAGAACCCGAUGAAGAAGAUAUAGAAUAUGUGCUGUCCUCGUAAUGAUAAUUGUAAGGAAAUAAAUGUCUUUUU